CCGCGGGCGCUACUGCUGCUGCCGCUGCUGUGCCUCGCGUUGGGGCUCGGGCAAGAGCCGCAACCACCCGAAGAGGGCUUCCUACCCGCCACAGAGCCGCCCGGCUGCGACGCCAGCGUAGGCUGUCUCGGCACCGAUGACGAACAGGGCUACACGACGGAGACCGACCAGGAAGCUGCCACAACCGUUGUGGAACACACAGACAACGACUCGUCACUGCCAGGGUGGACCGACACAGCCGCUCCACAGAUCGACAGCGGGGACCACGACUGCUCCGAAAACCCAAAUGGCACCGAAUCGUCCCACUGUGGCCCUCUGGUACCACAACAGCUUCAGCUGACGGAAACAACAGGCCAGACACUUGAGCCCACAGUUACCGCCUCUGUACUAGAAACUACUACUCAGCACACAGUCAGCUCUCGCGGAAAUGAAUCCACCGAGCGAAACGCGAGCACAGAGGAAAUCUAUAACGAAACCACGACGACCGAACUAAACGUUGCUGCCGUAAUUCCUGAGGAAGGGCCGAGGGAGUUGGGAGAUGGUGUGGACGGUGGCACCCAAGUGAUGAGCGACGACGCCAACUAUGGGAAAGAAGGCUUGCCCCUGCCACCCUACUUCGCUGGGGGUGAUGCCGCGUCUGGAGACCACGACCGAGAUCCUACCAGUGAAUAUGAUCAUGGCAAUACUGAAGAUGGUACACUGCUUUUCCGCAUGCCUCCUACAUCAUUGGCCUUUGUGUUUGAUACCACAGGCUCCAUGCACGAUGACCUGGCACAAGCACGUCGGGGCACAGAUGGCAUUAUGGAAAUACUUAAACGACAUCAGGAUGUGGUUGACAACUAUAUCUUGGUACCCUUCAAUGACCCUGAUGUAGGACCUGUAACCGUGACAUCAGAUGCUGAAGAAUUCAAACAUGCUCUUCGGAUGCUUCAAAUAACUUCAGGUGGUGACUGCCCAGAAAUGAGUUUGAAGGCAAUUCAAUUGGCAAUCUCACAUGCAAAACUAGGAGCACAUAUAUAUGUCUUCACCGAUGCCAGUUCAAAGGACUACUACCUGUCGCCUCAAGUACUGGCACUCAUCCAGCGUAAACAGAGCAAGGUUGUGUUUAUAUUAACUGGUGACUGUAAUGACACAGAUAAACCCAAUUACCAAGUUUACGAAGAUAUUGCAGCCACAAGCUUAGGACAAGUUUUCCAUCUCAAUAAAACAGAUGUGAAACAGGUUUUAAAUUAUGUGAGGGAAUCUUUUGGACUGGACAGUUAUGAUGACAAUGAACAGAAGGUUGAUCUGUUGUCAGUUAACAAACCCAAUGCAACAAAGGAUGAGCAACACAAUCUUUAUAUAGAUGAAUCAGUAAAAGAGUUUACAGUUUCUGUGUCAGGCAAGAACUCAGAACUUGCACUUGUGAAUCCUGAUGGUGAAGAUAUCAAGGGUCCACCGAAAGCAAAUCCAUUGCUUAAUUUAAAAAAUGUUAAAGUAUUUAAUGUCGAGCAACCCGAACCAGGAGAAUGGAAAGUCAAAGUCAGUAGCGAAUCAGGACAUACUGUCCGUUCUAAAGGUGUUAGUGAUAUAAACUUUGCACAUGGGUUCUCAAGGGUAGCAACAGAUAAGUUCAAGGAAACCUCUCACAGGCCACUCAAAGGUGCUUAUAAUUCAGUGCUGAUUAAACCCACACAUCAGAAGAAAAUAUCAAAAUUAACACAACUGAAGUUAAUUGAUAUGAAAGGAAAUGUGAUACAGGAGAUCAAUCUUGAGCCUGUAUCUAAAAAGAAACAUCUGUACCGUGGGUUUUUCAUGCCACCAAAUGAAUUAUUUUAUCUUGAGAUAAAUGGUAUCGAUAAAGAUGGAUUCCCCAUAAAGCGAAUAACACCGACAGCAAUAGAGGGGCAAGAGCCAGAUGGACCCGUUGUUACUGCUGAAAAGGAGAUAACAGCUGUUAUUAACAAGCCUAUCACUUUGCGAUGCCAAGUUGAAUCCCUUGUACCAUUUAGCAUCAAAUGGAUCAAGGAUGGACAGCUAAUCAAAAAGACGGAGAAAUAUGAGCAAAGUGGGGUAUCAGUUCUGCAUAUUGAUAGUGUUACCAUCCAGUCACAAGGAGAUUACAAAUGCUUUGCAAUUAAUACUGCUGGACGAGCCUCACAAAUUACAACUCUGAAAGUAACUGGACCUCCACCACAGGUGACAACUCUGGAUUCAGUUACCUCUCCACUACACACAGACACUAUACUAAAUUGUGUGAUUCAGAGUGAGCUACCUUAUAACUGGAGCUGGGUGCGUGGAGAUGAAGGUACUGAUAAUUUUUUAGAAGGUAAAAUUCAUCAAAUUGAAGAAAAUGAAAGAGUUCACAAUCUGUCCAAUGGGAGUCUUCUUAUAAAACAAGUAAAGGAAGAUGACAGAGGCUCAUAUUUUUGUGUUGCAGAAAACAAAGGUGGCAUGGGCUAUGGAAAAACACACCUUGGUAUAGUAAAUCCUAUCAAAGUUUACAUUAGUCCAAGUUUAUUUGAGUUCACCAGAUCACAAACAGUUAGACUUCUCUGCAAUACAGAUGACAAUUCCACAGCAGAGUUCCUUUGGAUGAAAGAUGGAGAUGUUUUAACUGGUCACAACACAAAAACAAAUAUGACAAAUCAUUACAGUCACUCAGUCUUGCAUAUUGACAAUGCAACACAUUCUGAUGAAGGCAUCUACAAGUGUGAAGGCACAAGAGGAGAACAGAAAGAUGUAGCUCAAUCUGUUGUAAAAUAUGUUGAAGCUCCCACUAUAACACCACUUGAAAGAGAGCUGUUCAUAGAAAAAGGUAAUGCAGUCACACUGAAGUGCUUAAUUACAGGAAUUCCUACUCCAACAGUACAUUGGUACCGCAAUGGAAAAGAAUUGAUUUAUUCUGAAUCUGAGGAGAAAAAUUUUGGAAUGUUAAAAAUUUUGAGUGUUGACAUUGCUGAUUCUGGGGAGUACAUUUGCAGUGCUGAGAAUCAUUUGGCGUCAGCUGAAGGAUCUCUAUGGCUGAAUGUUGGAGUUCCACCACAAGUAUUACAGCCAUCGGAAGAUGUCAAAGUGGAGUUUGGAAGUGAUGCAACUAUUCCCUGUGUGACUGCCGGAAUACCACAUCCAAAAGUCAUAUGGCAGAGAAAGGAUGGAAAACAACUAGAUUCCAAAAGAUUCAUCCAAACAGAGACUGGAUUACUAAAAAUAAUGAAUUCUACUUUGGAUGAUGAAGCUGUUUAUAUAUGCACAGCUGAAAAUAGUUAUGGAUCAGUAAAGAAAGAUUUUCCCUUAAAAAUAACUGGAAUUGUGGAGCCUACCAUAGAAGAUGCUGGUGAGCAUCCAAUUGUAAUUACAUUUGGACAACCUAUUGAAUUUAAAUGUGAAGCACAUAGAGGAAUACCUGCACCAACUAUUACAUGGUACAAGGAUGGUAAAAUUUUGGAUGAUAAACAGGCACAUCGGGAAAAUGUGUCAUUACAUUCAAAUGGCUCUCUGAUAAUACCAAAUGUCAGCCAUGAACAUGAGGGAACCUAUGAAUGCAAAGCACAAAAUGCUGUAGGAACUGCAGCUAAAAGUUUUCUAGUCACAGUGAAUGAACCACCCAGUUUCAAAUCAGGUGAUCAUCUAGAACAAAAUGUUAAUUUGGGUGAAGAGCUUAUUCUCCAUUGUGAACCUGAAGGUGAUCCAAAGCCUGUGAUAUCAUGGAAGAAAGAAAGAAUGCCUUUACAAGAAAGUAAAGACAUGUUUAUUAGAGCAGAUGAUGAUGCACUCAUUAUUAGACAAGCGAGCCUUGAUGAUUCUGGUACAUAUACCUGCACAGCCGUCAAUUCUGUAGGUUCAGCUGAUAGACAUAUGGUAGUGAAUGUGCAAGUGAAGCCUGUUAUAGAUGAUGCAGGAGAACAUCGAGCAGUUGUUUCACUUGGACAAGUCGCAGAGUUGCCUUGUAAAAUAAGAAUGGGGAUACCAUCACCAAACAUGACUUGGUAUAAAGAUGGUGAAAUACUGGAUGAGGAACAGAUGUUACAGGAAGGUAUCACACUGCAUUCAAAUGGUUCUCUUAUAAUACCAUAUGUCAGCCAUGAACAUGAAGGAACAUAUGAAUGCGAAGCACAAAAUCCAGCAGGAUUUUCAACAAAAAGCAUUUUGGUUACAAUUAUCGAACCUCCCAGAUUCAAGUCUGUUGCUCCACUAGAACUAAAGGUGGCCUUGGGAGAAGAGGUUGUUCUUCCAUGUGAACCUACAGGUGAUCCAAAACCAUUGAUAUCAUGGAAGAAAGACCGAAUGCCUUUGCAGCAGAGUGAAGAUGUAUUUAUUAGAUCAGAAGAUAAUGCCAUCAUUAUUAAAAAAGCCACUCCUGAGAGUUCUGGAACAUAUGUCUGCACAGCUGUCAAUUCUGCAGGCUCAGCAGAAAAACAGAUGGAUGUAUUUGUACAAGUUGCACCUGUGAUCAGCAAUAUGCCAACAAGAAUUAGUGCAGUUGAUGGCCAAAUAGUAACAUUAAAUUGCAAGGCAGAGGGUAUACCAAGCCCAGUAAUUACAUGGCUUAAGAAUGAACAACCAAUUACCCUCUACAAGAAAGAUAUAAUUUUCCUUGAUAAUAACUCAACAGUGAGGUUCCUUGCUAACAAUUUUGAUUCUGGUUCAUACAAAUGUGUCGCUAGAAAUAUAGCUGGACUGAGUUCUCAAGAAAUUAAGCUAUCAGUAUUUGUGCCUCCAAAGAUCCAUCCACCUUCUGAAGAACUCAUUCAUUCAUCCCUGGGCCAAGUAAUAAUUCUAAACUGCCAUGUAACAGGAUCACCAGAGCCAACCGUUAUUUGGAGAAAAAAUGAGGAUCUCAUUUACAACACCACAAAUCUAAGUAUAUCUCGUGAUGGUAACUUGCACAUACAUCAAGCUGAUUUAGACUCUGCUGGAAUUUAUGCAUGUGAUGCAGAGAAUGAUGCUGGUAUUACAGAAAAACUCUUUUAUGUUAUAGUGCACGCACCUCCUCAAAUUGUUGAUGCCAUACCAUCGAAGAUUGAACUAAUGGCUGGUGAAAGCCUUUCUGUCGCAUGUAGUGCUUAUGGAAGUCCAAUGCCACACUUAAGUUGGAGGAGGAAUGGCUAUACAAUCCUAAGAGGGGAAGAUGAUGUUACAGUAUCUGAUGAUAACAGUUUGACAAUAAUUGCUGCCUCACAUCAGAAUUCUGGUCUUUACUCAUGUGUUGCAGAAAAUUCAGAAGGAUCUGAUCAGAAAAAUGUGGUAAUUGAUGUUCUGGUACCACCUUCCAUGAUAGAGCCAGAAGAUGGAGUACUUGAAGUCAACGAAGGUGAUUCCCUGGUAAUUACAUGCCCAGCUAUUGAUGCAAGUCCUCCGCCAAAGAUUCAGUGGUUGAAAGAUGGCCACAUAAUUGACUUCUCAGAUGAAGAUCACUACUCACUGCGUGAUUUAGGACGAUCCUUGGAACUUCAAGAGGUAGCUCUGUCAGACAGAGGAACUUACUCUUGUUUAGCAUAUAAUAUUGUCGGCCGCACAACAGCGACAUUUACUGUAGACAUACUGAGGAAACCACAGUUCCCAGCUUCAGAAAACCAAGUGCAACAGAUGCAAUACACUGUUGUUGCUUCCUCAGACAUCAAACUCGAGUGCCCCGUAACAGGUCAUCCGAGGCCACAGAUUUCAUGGCAAAAGAAUGGGCAUCCAAUUACACCAAGCACAGUACCAAGUGCAGUGCUUUCAAAGAACAAGCAGUUUCUGCUGAUUAAUAAUGCUAAACCUCAUGAUGGAGGAACAUAUACAUGCAUUGCAACUAACAAAGUUGGUCAAAAUGAGAGAAGUUUUGAGGUGACUGUUAUGGUUCCACCUACUAUAGAUGGCCCUUCUGAAGAAGAUCUGGGACCCGUAAAAGGAGAUAUUGUGCUACUGCAGUGUCCAGCAUCAGGAGAUCCUGAACCAGAUAUUCGUUGGUCAAAAGAUGGUGACAGAACUCUCUUCAUUCAAAAAGACAAUGUAAUUUUGUCACCUGACUUUAAGAUUCUGGAAAUCUCAAAUGUACAGUCAGAGGAUGGAGGACAUUAUAUUUGUGAAGUCAUUAAUAAUGCCGGUUCCACAAAAAAACAUUUCAAUGUGACAAUUAUAGAUCCUCCUGAAAUUGAAGAUGAUUUUGUUGAGCAUAAAAUUGUGAGGUUGGGUGAUAAUUUGUCACUAGUGUGCAAGGCCCAUGGUUAUCCUUCACCAGCAAUUACAUGGCUGCAUAAUGGAAGAAUUAUAAAUGAACUGAAUAGCACUGACAGAUUCAGUGCAGGGAUAGUGUCUGGUGCGUAUGUUUUGCAAAUCAAUGGGAUACAAGUCUCAGACAAAGGCAAAUAUAGCUGCCUAGCAUCAAACAUAGCUGGUGUCAGUGAAAAGGAUUACAAUGUAGCAGUUAAUGUUCCACCAAAACUCGCUCAAGCCUUGAUUGAUGAUACUAUCAACUCAAUUAUUGGUUCUCCUGUGAUAAUAAAAUGCCCUGCUGAUGGAAACCCCAAGCCAGAUAUUUAUUGGUUUAAAGAUGGCACACCUGUAAGAAAUGACAAAAUAAGAGCUUCUGAUACAUUAUAUAUCAGCAAAAGUACAGUAGAAGAUUCUGGAAACUAUACAUGUGUGGCCACAAACAACGUUGGCAAUACGUCCAGAAGUUUUCAGGUAGACGUCUAUGUUCCACCAGUUGCACUUGAAAAUGAGGAGGAAACCGAGUACAAAGUUAAAGCAAACAAUGAUUUGAUCCUGAACUGCAGUGUGUCAGGAUAUCCACAUCCAGACAUUUUGUGGUUCAAAGGAUCCACCCCAGUCACACCAUCAAACUGGCCUCAAAUGCAGCUAAGAGAGAUGAACACAAUUUUGGUUAUUCCUAAUGUCACUAGAGCUCAUGGUGGAAAGUAUUCUUGUUUAGCAAUCAAUAAGGCAGGUACAACAGAGCAGAAAUUUAAUGUGGAAAUUCAAGAGCCACCGUCAGUUGUUCCUGGAAUACCAACUGUCCAGAACCACCCAGUGAAACUUCAUCAGAGAACAGUUCUGAAGUGUGCAUUAGAUGGUUCUCCUGCACCAACUUAUACAUGGUAUAAAAAUGGGAUACCACUUGUUGCGGGGACAUCAGAAAAUAUUUACAUAUCAUCAGAUGGCAAGCAACUGCAUUUGAUGUAUGCAUUAGAAGAUGAUGUCGGCCUGUAUUCUUGUAUUGCUGAAAAUCCAGCUGGCUAUGAGCAGAUGGCUUUCCAACUAAAGGUUGAAGCACCUGCAGAAUGGGGAGCUUGGUCAGGGUGGUCAGAAUGCAGUACAACCUGUGGACCUGGACAACAAGUUCGCAAGAGAGAGUGUGUUGCACCACAUAUCGGUUGCCAAGGGGAUAAUGAGGAAUGGCGCAACUGCUACAUGGCAGAAUGUCAAGUACAUGGUGGUUGGAGUGGGUGGUCUGAAUGGAGUGAGUGUUCUGCAUCAUGUGGCUUAGCAAAUCGUAAGCGCUACCGCAGGUGUGACAGCCCUAAUCCUGCUUAUGGAGGCAACCAGUGCCAAGGAGCAGAUACUCAAGAAGAAUACUGCCACCAGCCACCUUGCCCUAUCCAUGGAGGCUGGUCAGAGUGGUCUGAUUGGGGUUCAUGCAGUGUUUCAUGUGGCUAUGGAGUAAAGUAUAGAGGGAGACAUUGUGCAAAUCCACGUCCAGAUUAUGGUGGAAAGCCUUGUGUUGGUUCAACAUCUGAAAUGUCAACUUGUAACAUGCAGAAAUGUCCAGUUGAUGGUGGCUGGUCUGAAUGGGGUGCUUGGAGUCAGUGCUCUGCUACAUGUGGCCUUGGAAAUAAGCAGCGAUUCAGAACAUGUACAAGUCCUAUGCCAGCAAAUGGAGGAGCUUUCUGCAGUGGUGAGAAUUUACAGGUUGAAAAAUGCAUAUUAAGAAGCUGUGAUAAUGUACCAAUGUAUGCUGCUCUUCGGAUAAGAGGACAUUUGAAUGGAGAAAAUCUAACUGAUUAUGUGAUCUCUGCUAAUAUUUCGGAUUUUGGUUUGAAGAGAACAAUUGAAGCAUCUGUCAGUGAUGUUUUAAAACAACAGGGUGGCUGGUUUCCAUAUUUAACCUUUAUGCUGUCUCCUAUUUCUUGGAAUGCAGCAUAUGAAGAGGACCAAGCAGACAAUGGCUACUCACUCACACACGGAAAAUUUAGACAACAGUCUCAAGUUGAAUUUUCUUCUGGUGAAGAACUAAAGCUGCGACACAUAGGUCAUGGCAUAAGUGAUGAUGGGAUAUUACAAGUUGAUAUAGACAUCGAGGGAGAAGUUCCAGUUGUUCAACCAGAAGCUGCUAUACAGAUCCAGCCAUAUGAAGAGGAUUACGUCCAAACUGGUCCUGAUACACUGUAUGCUGCAUCUUCAAAUGUGCUUAAAAUCAACGGACUGAAAUUGCCUUAUUCUUGGAACAACACAGUGCAAUAUGAUAAAUACAAAGGAAGAAUGCCAUAUUUGGUUGAAAAACUAUCAACUGAUGACAUUGGUAUCCAGUAUGAUGCAAAGUCUCGUGAAAUAAAGUAUAGAAUGUCCACUGCUAUUCGGAAAAAAUAUAAUAACAAUAUGUGCCCAGAGGGAUUUGUUCAUGAUGAUAAGCAUUCACACUGCAGAGAUAUUGAUGAGUGCUCAGAAAGGCAGUUAAAUCGCUGUCACCUUACACAGAUAUGUGAGAAUCUAUUUGGGACAUAUCGCUGUUAUUGUAGAGCUGGAUAUAAGUCUAAUGGUAUUGGGAAGCGCUGUGUGGACAUUAAUGAAUGCCUUGUUGAUCCAUCUGUAUGUUCUCACCACUGCCAAAAUGUGAAAGGGAGCUUCAGGUGUCUUUGCCCACCAGGAUAUAAUCUCAUGGAAGACCGAAGAACUUGCACAGUUUCAGGUAAUGAGAACUGGGAUUAUGAUGAGUUUGCAGAGUGGACAGACAGUUUUGAAGACAGGAACAAAUACAUGCCACAUAAUUUAAAUGUUAAUAGGCCAGUCAGACGACCUAAAAAACCUAGAACUCAUCUACCAAAACAGUUCUUCAGAAGUCUCUCUAGCCACAAUGAUGACUGUGAGCUAGGCUUUGCAGUUAAGAAUGGCAUUUGUGAAGAUAUUAAUGAAUGCAAUUCUGUACCAAAAGUUUGCACAAAUGAACAGACAUGUCUGAACAAGAAAGGCUCAUAUCUCUGUUUGAAUACACCAUGCCCUGAGGGAUAUGAGAGAGAUCCACAGACAAACUACUGCCUGAUCUAUUGUGAUGAACGGCACACAUGUAAUGAGGGAGCUAAGUUAACACAGACCGUUAGCUUCAUGGUUUUGACACCAGAGACAUCUUCCAUACAACCAUAUCAAGACUUGAUGCAGUUUUCUGUUCAAGGUGAUAAUGGCAAGCAGUUACCUCGCACGAGGUACCGAAUUGUUGAAAAUGAAUUAGGAAAACCAUUUCGGGUGAGAUUUGAAAAUGGUCAAGGAAUUUUGUAUUCCCUAAAGAAUCUAGGACCUGGAAGAAUAUAUAGGACCUCAGUGCUUGCUCUUUCUUAUGACACUGAUGAAAAAACUAUACUGCAUACAACAAAAUUUAUUGUAUUUAUUGAUCUACCAAGUGACUAGGAGACUGUGAGAUAGUAGUGUCUUACAGAUGUGUGAUGAGACUGGAGCUGUUGUACACACAACCACUGUUACCAGCAUUGUCAACCAGGAGCACCAGAGUAUGAAUAAGUAAAAAUGAUAUGAAAUUCCAUUUACAUUGUGACUGGAAGCAUCAGAUAAACCAGAAAUAUUAUGCAGAAGUUGAAUCUGCACAUUACACUUUCCAGUCACAAAGUCUUCAUGAAUUAAUACAAAAAGAGACUACAAAUGAAAAUGCAGUGGAAAGUGUGAAGUGGAAUGAAACAAUGUGAAUAAAAUAUGGACUAGGCCAUAAACAUGAAUACAAUCAUAUCUUUGUCAUUGGCUGGAAAGAAUCCUCUGACAUUGCUUAUGAUAGAUUACUGUGUUCUGGUUCCCUACACCACCUCAACAUUGAUGUUAAAAAUAUAGACUGUAAGUCAUAAGUAAGUUGAUUUAGUGUUAUAGUUUUUGAGUACUGCUGGACAUAUUUCGCAAAUGGAUGAACAUUGAGGAAUAUGAGUUAAUUCAUGAGACUCAGUGUCUAUUUGCAAAUGGGCUCAGCAUUGCCUUAGUGAUUUGCACUAUUAUUUUGUGCAUCCUGGUGCAUAUUGUCAUUGUUCAUAUUUAAUUAAGUAUGUAAUUUCAGUUUCAUUGUAUAUUUUAAUGUGCACAAUUCAUUUGCUGUAUAAAUGUUUUUAAAGUAAUGUAUUGUUCCCAAGACUUGUGAUAUUUAUUGUAUUAAGUGUAACAAAGUGUACAAAUAGAGUGAGGCUUUUUGUAGUUAGGCA